AAUGUCCAGGAUUAACUGAUUUUUUAUUUAUUAUUAUUAUUUUUGAAUCGAAAUUUCCAUGACAUUUUCAGAUCUAUUUAUUUUGGAAUUUGUUAUUUUAGGUCUAAAAAUCACACUAUACAAUUUAAGGUUUUCUAUACUCGCGGUAAUCAUUAAUUUUUAUUAGUUAUUUAACAUGCAGCAACAUGCAUAACUAAAAAUUCCUAUAUUUUACAGCAAAACUAAACAUACUACACAUUUUAUUGCCACAGUGCAACAAACAAACAACCAAAUAAAUACUUAAAAAGUUCGAUCCCUUUUAAAAUUAUUAUGGUUUUGCAGUAGCACAAAUAGUAGGCUUAGUAGUAACUAUUAAAUUUAAGGCGGAUACCGUUGUUAUGGCAACACACGGUGUGUGGUCCAGGUGAAGCUGCUGCUGAUGCGACUGAACUGAUGGAGGGAGGCAGGGGCGCGCGCGCGCGUUCGGGAGGAAGGGAGUGGGAGAGAAGCAAAAAGGGGGAUCGUUCUCCCCGGUCAUAUAACGCUUCCUCCUCUCCACUGGCGGCAUAAGCGACGCGUAACCGACACCCCGUGCUCCUCUCCCAAACCAAAGGCGCGUUUAUGCUUUGCUAUGCGGAACCAAGAGCCAUGAAAAUGCUUCGAUUCCGGAGCCCGAGCGUCUCCUCCCUCGCGCAGGAGGUCCAGUGCACGGUUCGGCUACUCGACGACUCCGAGAUCGCGUGCAGCAUCCAGAGAGACACUAAAGGACAGUUUCUCUUGGAUCACGUGUGUAAUCACUACAGCCUGCUGGAGAAAGAUUACUUUGGCAUCAGAUAUGUGGACCCAGAGAAACAGAGGCAUUGGUUGGACCCGAGCAAACCAGUCGUGAAACAGAUGAAAUGUCAGCAGCCAUACACUAUGUGCUUCAGGGUGAAGUUCUACCCUCAGGAGCCAAUCAAGAUCAAGGAAGAGCUGACAAGGUAUCUUCUGUACCUGCAGUUGAAGAGAGAUGUGUACCACGGUAGGCUGUUAUGUCCAUUUACUGAUGCUGCGUAUCUAGGAGCCUGUAUAGUACAGGCUGAGCUUGGGGACUACGAUCCUGAGGAACAUCCUGCAGACUACAUCAGCGACUUCAAGCUCUUCCCAAAACAGUCCCUUAAACUAGAUAGCAAGAUCAUGGAGAUCCACCAGAAUGAGCUGAGGGGUCAGUGUCCUGCUCUCGCUGAGUUAAGUCUUCUUCAGAGGGCUCACACACUGGACACAUAUGGAGUCGACCCACAUCCCUGCAAGGAUUUCACAGGAUCCACAGCCUUCCUGGGAUUCACUGCAAGAGGGUUUGUGGUUUUCCAGGGAAAUAAGCGGAUCCACCUUUUAAAAUGGGCAGAUGUCAGCAAGUUUAAGUUUGAAGGGAAAACGUUUUAUGUGAUUGGAGUGCAAAGAGAGAAAAAACUGGUUCUGACAUUCCACACAUCCACACCAGCAUCCUGCAAGCACCUGUGGAAAUGUGCCGUGGAAAACCAGGCUUUUUACAAAUGUGCAAAAUCCAGUCAGAUCAAGACUGUGUCCAGCAGUAGUAUAAUUUUCAAGGGAAGCAGAUUUCGCUACAGUGGUCGGGUGGCUAAAGAAGUCAUUGAAGCCAGUUCAAAGAUUCAGAGAGAUCCUCCUGUUGUACACAGGUCUCAGUUUGGUCAAAGCAGAAGCUUUAUUUCACUCAGUCAUAAACAGCUGAUAAUGAACAUGGAGCCUCUCCUUCCAGCAUUGAGCUCCAGCAGGGAAAACAGAGACUCCUCCGCAAACAACGGACUGUCGGCUUUGAAAGACUCGGUUCAUCUGUCUCCACUGAAACCAUCGGUCACUUCUGAGGAGGUGGAGGUGAGGGAAAACCACGUUCAGGAAAGACGUGAAGACGAGGCCGUCAACAGGAUGAAAGCGGAUGAGGAAAGGAGAGAGAUACACGUAGACCAUGAAGAUGAAGCGUGCGCUGCUCUCACCAUAUCUGACGCAGAGUACAGCCCGUGUGCCAGCGUGGUGCCCACGCCGGUGGAGGAGAGCCAGGGCGGCCUAAACCUGCUGUUCCAGAGUCCCGCGCGGCUGCUGAAGGAGCUGCACGCCGACCCAGAGAUGCAGCUGGAGCUCCAGGCCGAGAGGGAGCGGGAACUCGCCAGAGAGGCGUUUCGUCAGUCGCUGUGCAGCCCGUUGAGUGGACGGCAGCAGAUGCAGGCCUGCCUGCUCAGUGCCGCCCGUCUAGUGGUGAUGGCCACGGGUCUCCUCGUGAUUCUGCUUCCCCUCCUCCUCGUGCUGCUGGAGUCGGACCUGGACAUCUCGUUCUUACAUGACAUCCGGCAGACGCCCGAGUUUGAGCAGUUCCACUACGAGUACUACUGCCCCCUGCGCCGCUGGUUCCUCUGCAAACUGGAACUCAUGACGGAGCAGCUCUGGGGCGACUGAGGCUCACAGGGAACGGGGGGUGGGAAUAUAAUGGACAGGACAGGUUUGCUUUCCUACAUCACAUGAUUUAUUCAUUCACACACCGAUACGUUCUCGUAGCAGUACUGGAGGCAGUUUUCUAGCGGUAGCACUGUAGUUGUCUAGUGUUUUAGCCAUAGCGUUAGACAGCAGACAGCAGCAUGGGCCUUUAAAUGGUUAAGCCAGCUUCAUUAAAGGUGUACGACAAGCACAGCACUGAUAUAAAUGCAUUGGCGCAUUAUACAUUUCAACACUGAUGAUGGAUAUGUAUGCCUUUUCAAUAUUUUCAUUCAUUUCAACUGCCUGUUGUCAUAAACAUGAGUGUCAGUCAGGGUCCAAAAUGAACUUUUUGCCCUACAUUUCAAUGGUGAGUUUUCUGGAUGAAUAAUUUAAUUUUAAAUUAUUUUGCAGGUUUUUCUUUGUUUUGGUCUUCCUUCGACUAUUUAUAAACCCCCUUUCUGUCUAUAUAUGAAAGUUUGAGGUCAGGGGCUAUUUUUUUUUUUUUUUUUUUUUAAGAAAUUAAUACUUUUAUUCAGCAAGGAUGCAUUAAAGUGAUCAAAAGUAACAAGAUGAAUAAUAUUACAGAAGAUUUCAUAUAAACACUGUUGUCUUGAACUUUCAAGUAUCCUAAAAAAAUAUCAGGGUACUAAAAAUAAAUAUAAGAUUCUAAAAAAAGAUCAGGGUUCUAAAAACAUCAGGGUUCUAAAAAAAAAUCAGGGUUCUAAAAAAUAAGAGGGGG